AUGUCUGGAAAAGGAGGUGCAUACGCUACAAGAGCCUCUGAUACGGACUUCCGCAAAAAAUGGGACAAGGAGGAAUACGCCGAGAAGGCGCGGCAGCGCGACCAAGAGGAGAAGGAGCGUAUGCAGGAGAAUGAGGAGCGUAUCAAACAAGGCAAGAAACCGCGCAGAGGACGCAAAGAGGACCUGCCCAAGCCCACAGAGCUUAUGAAGCGUCGCGAGGCAUCCCUUGAGCUCGAAAAGAACCUCAAUAAGACCAUAGUCGUGCAGAACGCUGGUACCCGCGGUCCUGGAGUACCAGGCUUCUAUUGCGAAGUCUGCAAUCGGACAUACAAGGACAGCGCUGGGUACCUGGAUCACAUAAAUGGACGUGCUCACUUGCGCGCCCUUGGUCAGACGACGCGUAUUGAGCGUUCCACAGUAGAGCAGGUCCGCGCACGGAUAGCCUACCUUCGCGAGAAGACUCGCGAAGCCUCUUCGGCGAAAUCGUACGACUUUGAGAAGCGGCUUGCCGAAGUGCGUGAAAAGGAGACCUCAUUGCGUGCUGAGAAGAAGGCUGCAAAGAAAGUGCAGCGAGAGCAGGCGCGUGUCGAGCUCGUCAAGGUCACUGUUGCCGGCGACGCGCAGCACGAGGACGUCAUGAUGGAGAUGAUGGGCUUCAGCGGGUUCGGCUCGUCAAAGAAAUGA